UAUGCCCUAUGCCUUUUUACAUUUGUUUCGUGCCCGUUGCCUAAGCCGAUAUACGUAAAUCGUAAGUGACGUAGGAGGGGAGGACCCUUAAGACGAGUUUGCCAUAUUGUGGAACCCGAUGCAUACCUAGAUACUUGGGUACUUUUACCCAACGCAGAUUAAACGUCAUCGCCGUCGGUAAGCUUUCUUUUUUACAUACCUCUCUCUUUCACCAAGGAAAUGUAGAAUUUCUUCGAAUUAAUCCGGCUUGAUUGUUAAGAAAAAAACUCACUCUUUGAUUGAGCGGUUUAUCGUGUAAUCUCUCAUUGUACUUAAUAGCGGACGCCGUGAGUUAUUUCGCUACGGCUCGUCAAUAAUUGACACGUGCCAAUAAGGCUCUUUUUAUUUUUUAUUUUUUCGGGUUUUUAUUUUUUCGUCAACACUCAUGUUGCCUUCCCAACUAUCAUGACCGACGACAAUAUCUCCCCUUCGCUAAGAUCACGCCAACAACAAGCCAACAUGGCCUCCGACGGCAGCAAAACAAACACAUAUUUGUCAUCAUCGUUUUCGGACAGUGGUUCCCCGAGCAGACCUACUACUUCUACUUCUUCUUCGUACCCGCCCCCUUCUUCGAAGCGCACCUCGCCGUUUCUCCCGACGCCCCUCGAGACCUUCGUCCUCCUCGCGUACCCGACGCUCCUCGUCUUCGGCACCCUGUUCUCCGUCCUGAGCCCGCAGACCCGCGCUUCCCCUUACGACCCCUCGGGCCGCGCCCACGUCCCCGCCGCCGCCCCCAGCUACUUCGCCCGCAAGGACAAUGUGUUCAACAUCUUCUUCGUCAAGAGGGGGUGGGCGUGGAUCACCGUCGCGUUCGCGACCUUCGUGGCCACGCACCCGGCUCUCGGGUUCGGAUUCGGGAGCAGAGGGAAUGCGGCGAGGAGGGUACGCGCGGGCGUCAGGUGGGCGCUGAUCACGGCCUGGUGGGUGCUCGUCACGCAGUGGUGUUUCGGCCCCGCCCUCAUCGACCGCGGGUUCCGGUUCACGGGCGGCAAGUGCGAGGUCGCGCGCGAGGUGGUGUUGUCGAAGGAGAGCGCGGCGGGGGCCAGCGCGGCGGAGGUGUUCACGGCGGCGGCGUGCAAGGCGGCGGGGGGCCGGUGGAGCGGGGGCCACGACAUCAGCGGGCACGUGUUCCUGCUGGUGCUGGGGAGCUUCUUCCUGCUGCAGGAGGUGGGGUGGGUGGUGUACCGGGCCGGGUUCGCGGGGGGCCGCGAGGAGAGGAGCGUGGUGAUGCCGGACGGCGCGGCGAAGGGCGCCAGCGUGGAGUCGGAGAGUAGUAGCAGCGCGGGGCCGGUCCCGGACGAAGAGGAGUUGGGGUUUGGCGGGAGGUUCGCGGUCGGCGUUGUCGCGCUUUGCUUGUGGAUGCUGCUUAUGACUGCUAUUUACUUUCACACCUGGUUUGAGAAGUUGACUGGACUGUUGGUUGCUGCCAUGGGCAUUUACCCCGUAUACUUCCUCCCGAGGUGGAUACCGGGGCUGAGAGCGCUCGUCGGGCUCCCUGGUAUAUAACUAAGUGCCCAAGAUCGUCGAGGGCCUAUAGAAGUAUUUAGACGUGCAUGGCGGAUGACAUAGCAUCGCGAUGAAUUACGAGUUGGAAGAUAGAGCAUUGAUAAUCUUCGAUAAUUUAUCUAUGUCGAUAGAGGUUUCGUUUAUAAGGUUUGAAGCAAAGGUGAUCACAUAU